UGGAGCUGUCAUCACCUUUCCAUUAAGAUAACUGCAGAGAACUGUAGAGAGUGGAACCGUAUCAGUAUCAAAAAGCAGCAUCACAGUCACCAAUGUUUUGGGGAAAUUAUAUAAAAGCAAAAAUAAAGGCUUAAAUUGCCACUUCUCCAUAUUCUUCCACCGGAGAAUUUAUACUCGGUGUAAAUACAUACAUAUCUAAAUCUCAAUUACUAGGUCGAAUCGUUCCUUUUUUUUUUUAAAUAAUUUUCUGAGCUGUGCAUUUAAUUUUUUAAUUUUUGGAGUUUGAGUAAUGGCGGUGGAGUACACUUGUUGCGAAGCGGAGUUUUUCAUCCAUAUUGCGGUGGUGGCGUUUCUGGUGGUGUUUGCCGGCCUAAUGUCCGGCCUAACUUUGGGACUCAUGUCUCUCAGCCUCGUCGAUCUCGAAGUUCUCGCCAAAUCCGGCACCCCCAAGGACAAACAGCAUGCUGAAAAGAUAUUACCAGUUGUCAAGAAUCAGCAUCUAUUGCUUUGCACAUUGCUUAUCUGCAACGCUGCUGCUAUGGAGGCACUUCCUAUUUUCCUCGACAGUCUCGUCGUAGCUUGGGGUGCAAUCCUGAUAUCGGUGACAUUGAUACUUCUGUUUGGUGAGAUCAUCCCACAAUCUGUUUGUUCUAGAUAUGGACUUUCUAUUGGUGCAGCUAUGGCCCCAGUGGUUCGUGUUCUUGUCUGGAUCUGUUUCCCAGUUGCAUAUCCAAUAAGCAAGUUGUUGGAUUCACUGCUUGGAAAUGGACACAGAGCUCUAUUUCGACGUGCUGAGUUGAAAACCCUUGUUAAUUUUCAUGGCAAUGAGGCUGGUAAAGGUGGAGAACUGACACACGACGAGACAACUAUUAUUGCCGGGGCACUAGAGCUCAGUGAGAAAACUGCUAGUGAUGCCAUGACUCCGAUAUCCGAAACUUUUGCUAUUGAUAUAAACGCAAAGCUCGAUAGAGUGUUGAUGAAUCUGAUUCUGGAGAAAGGACAUAGCAGAGUUCCUGUCUACUAUGAGCAACCUACGAACAUUAUUGGGCUUGUCUUGGUGAAAAACUUGUUAACCGUUCAUCCCGAUGACGGAGUCCCAGUGAAGAGUCUCACCAUUCGCAGAAUUCCAAGGGUUCCAGAAACUCUGCCGUUAUACGACAUCUUGAAUGAAUUCCAGAAGGGUCAUAGCCACAUGGCUGUUGUUGUGAGACAAUGUAACAAGUCAAUGGCUGUGGAUGCAGUAGAUUCAGUCAAGGAUGUGAGGGUGGAUAUCGACGUCGAGAAGCCUUGGUCGGAUAAAAGUGUAAAGACGAAAAGACCCCUGCAGAAAUGGAAGAGUUUCCCAAACAAUGGAAGUAAUUCCUUCAAGGGUACAACUAGGAGUAAGAAGUGGACAAAGAACAUGUAUUCGGACAUUCUUGAAAUCGACGGGAGUCCACUUCCGAAGCUUCCGGAAGAAGAAGAGGCUGUAGGAAUAAUUACUAUGGAAGAUGUCAUUGAAGAGCUUUUACAGGAGGAAAUAUUCGAUGAAACUGAUCACCAUGUUGAUGAUUCAUGAUAAAGGAGAUAAUAUAUAGCAUUAUGAUAUAUACUAAUUACUAGGUUAGUUCUUUGGUGGGAAGAAGUUUUGGUCCGAUGUAUGUAAGCAUUCGUAGUGAGGCAGUUUGAACUGUGUAGCCGUUGAAAGUGAAGAGGAAAGUCGUAUUUCUUAAUUGUUUACAACGACUCGAGUACUCGAUGUUUGUACAUGUAAUAAGAUUAUCUUUCACUACAAAUUACAGUUGUGCGUAUGAGAUCCUACACCCGGUAA